CGUGUCAUGUGUUACCGGGGAGGACAGAAACAAACAUAUUGAUAACAGACAGGGUGUUGGCUGGAAACACAACGAUUCAUCUCGCACAAUGGCAAGCAAGCAUGAGAAGUUGCAGAGGUUGUCUGACGCGUCCGAUGCCUGUUUGGAGAAACUGGACGUCGUCAUAAGAAAGCUGUAUGCACUAGCGGACGAACUGGACAUACAACAAAAGAAAAUGGACAUCGCAAAAAUUAGUUUCGCAAGUUCUGGUGUUGUUGGAGGAGGUUUGGCCAUUGCAGGUUUCGGUUUAUCUUUUGUCACAUUCGGAGCGUCUCUCAUCCUAACGGCUGUAGGAACCGGCAUCGCUGUGGCUAGCGGUGCUGGGGGAAUCGCUACAACAAUUGCAGAGAAAAUUGUUAAAAACAAAAGCGUCAAAGAAGCUAAGGAAGCGGUGCUGGAGUAUUCCUCUGCCCUGGCGGACUUUGUGCUUAUCCUUGAAGUCUUCAGUGAUGCCUUGACACACGACGAGCAGGUACGGAUGCUGGCCAUCCUGCAGUCAUCCUCCAGUGAUGACACUUCCACUGAGGAUCUCUUCAGUGACGUGCAGGAUAACACCAUGGCUGCAGGUGCAUAUAUGAAAGCUCACAAAAUCCUUAAAGCAGCCAAAAUUGUUAAUGCCACAGUUGGUGCCAUAGAGACUGGGGCUAAAGCAGGACUGCAUGCUAGUGCCAAGGCAGGCCAGGCAGCUGCUGAUAUUGGCGGAGAGGUGUUUACAGGUGGUAAGGAGGCGUUCCGAGCACUGGGGACUGCUGCUAAAGCCAUCAAGAUAGGAGGGGUAGUCUUGUCAGGAGUUGGUGUCAUCAUUGACGUCGGAUCUAUUAUAUACUACGGCAUCAAAAUACGUAAACGCAAACCUUCUGAGAUUGCGCAAAUGAUUCGCAAAGUUGCCAGAUCCUUGGAAGAUAAGGAUGAAGAACUGGGGGAAGAGGUUGCUUUCGAGAAAGAUGAGUUGCAUCUGUCCAGGAAGAUGGAGACCAAAUUGGGUAUUGUACCUAACGACGACGUAAAGGCCGUGGAAUAGAGUCACUAACUGAGCAUCACAUACAACGCCUCGAAACGUAAUGUGCUUGUAGUAGUUUAGGCAACGGACGCUAUGAUUAUUGUAGAUUUGGAGCCUGCAACCUCAGAUUUGCAUCACAUAUUACAUAGGUCUACCACAUUCCUAUUUCUUGCUGUUGUCAUACAGGCCACGGAAACAGGUCAAUGGUUGUUGUUGUCUA